GUAAAAUUCCGACUUUCCUGAAUGCAGCAAAAGUAAGGAGCGUAUCCAGGCUACCAUGAAAACGACGCGCAUGAGGAAUGAAUGAAAACACUGGACUACUAGACUCACCGGCGAUGGAAUAAACUAACCCUUGCCACAGAUCGGUGCACAUUGGCGUCAACAAGACCAAGUUUAGUCAAAGAGGGGGUAAUAGUGGACCGUUGGUGCCAAUGGGGCUGUUUGACAAGUUGGCAGGAUGGCUGGGCUUCAAGAAAGAGGUGAACGUGCUCUGUCUUGGCCUCGACAACAGUGGGAAAACCACUAUCAUCAACAAACUCAAGCCGUCCAAUGCUCAGACACAGGACAUCGUCCCAACUAUUGGUUUCAGCAUAGAGAAGUUCAAGACAUCCAGUCUUUCUUUCACAGUGUUUGACAUGUCAGGCCAAGGAAGAUACAGAAACCUGUGGGAGCACUAUUACAAGGAGGGCCAGGCUGUUAUAUUUGUCGUUGAUAGUGCGGAUAAACUAAGGAUGGUUGUGGCCAAAGAAGAACUGGAGACGUUAUUAAAUCACCCCGAUAUUAAACAUAGGCGAAUUCCCAUCCUGUUCUUGGCUAACAAGAUGGAUGUCAGAGAUGCUCUGUCUUCAGUUAAAGUCUCACAGAUGCUCUGCUUGGACAAUAUCAAGGACAAACCUUGGCACAUCUGUGCUACUGAUGCGCUAAAAGGAGAUGGUUUACAGGAGGGAGUGGAAUGGUUACAAGAUCAAAUCAAAUCGAUGAGAACGUGAAACAUCUUUUGCAGAAGAAGGUACCAACAACAUUUCGGAGACAUUUGUGGUUUUAUUUGAAAUCUGAGUACAUGUUUUUAUCUUCUACUAUCUGUGAUGACAGGAAAACAGCCAGAAUGAUUAUCUGGGGAAAAAUAUUCCUUUGAAAAUGCAUUGUUUUGCUUUUGGAUCCAGGCAGGUGAUGGGUGGUCUAGUUUACCAUUUAAUCACAUCAGUAUAGCGUUCACAAACUAUACAUUGCGUGCUUUUGCAACAAUAUUCUUGCAAAAUGAUCAUCUCAACCACAAACAUCACUCUGAUGGUUGAAAAAAUCGAGAUGGGUAAUUCUCUGAAGAUUACUUUGUUAGUAGAGAAUUUUAAUAUGGAAUAGAUAUAUUUUAUUUCAUUGGUGGCACAAAACUAUAGUAAGAAUGAACCACCAGCAAUAUCACAUAUUGUGCCAAUAUAAUUUCUUCUUGCACAAGCUUUGCAUAAUUAGUCAUUAUUUACCUACAAUCCUAAUUCAAUUGACGUUGGGACGUUAGAUAAAAACAAAGUUUUAUCAUUCUGAAAAUUAAAUAUCUUGUUUAUACAGUGUAUCCAAUAAAAUAGACAUUGAAUAUGAUUUGCAAAUCAUAGAACUCUGAUUUUAUUUGUUUAACACAAUGUCCUAACUUCAUUGGAAUUGAGGUUGUAACUCCAUGACUGCAGUGAUAUUAAAAUUUUCUGUCAUAGAUGAGUUUUCUUCCUCUCGCCUUCAUAUUGCUACGGAGUCUAAACAAUGUUUUUUCUUUACUAUUUUGUGUACUGUCUAAUCUUAUCCUGGUAGUUAUCUUGGUAUUCAAAUCCAUGUCUUUCAUACGUUUACCAUUUUUCUUACAGUGGGCCACUGGGUUUCCGUUUUCAUGAUUUUUAUAUACACUUCUUGGUUAAAUAUAAAUUGUGCACAUCUUGCUGUUGUUCAAUUUUGAAUGUCUUUUUAACACUAGAUUGUUCGACAAUGAUUGGUCAAAAAUGUGCUGCAUAGACUGAGGAAAAUAGUUUUAGUCAUCAGUUUUGUUUAAUUGACAAAGUUCAGGCUGUUUUAUUUAGCAGGACAAACGAAGAUGCUUGUGGCAAAGCCAUCAUUUAUUGCAGCUAAUACAUGUGCAGCUUUCUUUUAAUGUUUUUGUUACUUUUACUUUUUUUUUUUUUCUUUUUUUUUUUUUUUUUUUUUGUGAAACUUAUGAAACAAACAUUCUUUUUGGUGUUACUGAGCAUGGAACUUCCUGUCAUCCAUAGGUUUGACUCAAGGAGUAAGGGUGACUAGUAAGAAAAUACAACAAGCAUUUAUUCAUACAAAUUCAGAACUAAAAAAAAACCAAGGUAUAAUUAAAAAAUAUUCACAAACCAUCUAAAUAAAAAAUAUAACUGAGUUUUAACAGUCCCUUCACAGCCUUUUGUUGUUGUGAAUCAGUGUCCGUUCUUCAAUUCAGUGUAUGUGUGUACUGCCCGGGUAGUGUGACGGUGUACUGUGUGUUGAAGGUGAGCUUAUCUGCUUUCGGGGUGACUCUUCAAAAGUUGGUCGAAGUUGCAGAAAAAUGGUAUUCUUAAAUCUCGCCUUGUAUCAUGCCGAAUCCUGGCUUGAUUUAACGUUGUCUCUUAAUGGAGAUCCAGCAAUUAAAAAAAAAAAAUUUUUUUUUUAAAUCAGUAUCGAGAACUUUGAUUAAUUUUCAACCACCCAAUAAUGUAAGGCAUUGCAUUUCUCUUUUCCCAUACCUAUCAAGUGUAACUUACAAUACUGGUCAAAAUACGUUGUUUUUAACAUUAAACGAUUUGUUUAAGAAUUGUAGCAUAUAGAUAAUAUACUUUACAGAAAUGCAUCAACAUACAACAAUAACAUUUGCAUGUGCAAAAAUAACAUCUUUGUACAUGUCCAAUUUCCUCUGAUUGGUUUUUAGACAGAGAAAAGACACAAUAUCUUUUUAACUCAACUCUAGAGGAAAAUGCGUCUAUCAUAUAACCGUUAAUAUAGUAGCAACUCACCAGAGUCUUGUAUCACACAGAAUAACUCAAUUUUAUUUUUUGUUUAGGUCUCAGGCACGUAAAAGUUAAACAAGUAAUUAUUUUUCGAAACUAUUACCAGUUUUUCUUUGCUCUUUUCCAUUAGCUCGAUUAUAGCAUAUGGCGGAAAACACUCAGGUGACUUGAAGUUCCGCUCUGAGGCCCCGAAUUUGGCCAAAUUUCAAAAUUGUCCUAUAUGCAUGUGUGAUGCAUCAUUGGAAAACUUAAAAUCUCAAUUUUCUUGGGGAAGAAAAAUUUUAAACAGGACGGCAUUUUUAAAGAAAACAUUUUUUUUUAAAACAGAAAAACCCUAACUGGAGGUGAGAGCAUGAGAGAGCAUAAUUAAAGACACCAUGAUUUUAAUGAGAUAUUAUCGCGUACUUACCUCUUUUCGAUCCAAAAACUCCAUGUAGCAUGUAUUACCGAGUGUCAAGACACAGCUGUGAAUGGCCACAGCUGGAUUUUUGGGGGAUUUUAUGGGUGAAACAUGGUAAUAUAACAAGGGUCGCGAUGCAGAAUUCGCAGACCUCAAGGAGUGAUUAAUAUUUUCUUUUCCAUAUAUUUACCCUUUUAAACGUUUUUUCCCCCGUUUUUUUCUUUGUUUGGAUCAAUUAUUUUUCAUCUAAAAUAUUGGGGAAAAUGCAACAGUAAAAAAAAAAAAAGAAAAA